AUGCAUCUCCCCAAGGCCAUCUCACACGGCCACCUCCACACGGCCAUCUCCACGGCCACCUCCACACGGCCUCUCCCCGGCCAUCUCCACAGCCCUCCCACACGCGCCAUCUCCCAGGCCAUCUCCACACGGCCAUCUCCCCAAGGCCAUCUUCCCAGGCCAUCUCCACAGCCACCUCACACAGCCCAUCUCCCAAGGCCAUCUCCCAAGGCCAUCUCCCACAGCCACCUCCACACGUCCCAAAGGCCAUCUCCAGCCCACCUCACACGGCCAUCUCCCCAAGGCCAUCUCCCCAGGCCAUCUCCCAGGCCACCUCCACAGCCACCUCCACAGGCCACCUCCACGGCCAUCUCCACGGCCACCUCCACACGGCCACCUCCACGGCCACCUCCCACACGGCCAACUCCCCAAGGCCAUCUCCACACGGCCACCUCCACACGGCCAUCUCCCAGGCCAUCUCCCAAGGCCAUCUCCCCAAGGCCACCUCCACAAGGCCACCUCCACAGCCACCUCCACACGGCCAUCACACGGCCACCUCCACACGGCCACCUCCACACGGCCAUUCACACCAAGAUACCCCCAAUAUUCCUCCAUGUCUUCAUUCUGCUCCUCCCCGUGAGUCUUAUUGAGCCACAGAGAAUAUAA